AUGUUUAAGAAAAAACCCCCGCCACCACCACAAGAUAAUGAUUCCGAUUCCGAAUCCGAUUAUUCCGAAUAUUCCCAGGACGAAGUUGAUGAGGAUGCAGGACCACCACCGCCUGCAAAAGGAGCUCCACCAGGCAAAGGGCCGCCACCUCCCCCACCUAGAAAUCAACAACCUCCAGCUGGUAAAGGCCCCCCUCCACCUCCACCUGGUAAAAACCCCCCUUCACCUCCACCUGGUAAAGGCCCUCCUCCACCUCCACCUGGGAAAGGCCCACCACCGCUUCCACUUGGUCGGGCACCUCCACCCCAAAGAAAACGCCCUUCAGCCGAAAACUCAAAAAAUUUGUCUAAAAGUCAGCAAACGUCGUCGAUAAAGAAUAGAAACUCAUAUGAAGGUAGAUAUGAUAGUACCUCUCCGCAAAAUUCUCCGUCCAUGAGGGAGUCUCGCUCGACGUACGACAGCCAACAAUCAGCCACGGAAGCAAAGAAAAAUUCAAAACAAUCGAAAAGUUCGAGGCAAUCAAGUACUGGCAGCAAAAGCAGUCCUAGCAGUAAAGCAUCGUGCUCGGGCAAUCGAAAGAAAAAUUUCUACUGCCUAUGUCAAAAAAUGCAGAAAAAGCUCAAUGGCCGCGAUAAAAGAAUUAGCUACCGUUCAUCUCUACACGAUAAGGAGUAUCACGGAAAAUGUGGCUACAAAUUUACCGGGUUAGGAAAAGAUUUCAAUAAAUUUCUGAACAUGAAUUGCGACUGUCCGCCCGAUCUUCCAUAUUUAUUUCGACCUGGCAUGCUGUCGUCACGUAAGGCUUGUUUCUCGCCCUACAGGGAGAAACUCAUCAGACAACUGACUGGUGAGGAUUACAAAAAUAAUUUCAAUGAACCCUUCAAAACGAAUUUUGGUUUCAAAGAUGAAGUUCACAAUCUCAAUGCCGUUAAGCCACUACACCGGGAUGGCAACAGGGCUGGGAUGAGACAGGAGCGCGCCAACAACAGACCGACCAACCGCGACAUGAAUUCAUCGUCUGAAAAAUUGCUGGCCAACGUAUUAGGAGUUAUUCAGACGCAUUUGAAUAAGAAGAGACAAAAAUAUCAGGAGCACAAACUAAGAACUAAUUACUACUCAGAUCGAACGGUUUCUCAAAAACAACAAAACCAGCAUCAAAAUCUUAAACAGAUUGUUAUGAGCUUGGUUAACAACGUUCCACGCGACGAAACGAAAAACGCAAAUAAUCCGGAUGACAUCAUGAAGAAUCUCAACGAUGGCAAAGUCGUCGUUGUCCCAAUCUCGCCGGGAACACAGGUCGUCCUUCAACCUCCCAGUCCGGCUUUUCCAGUCAUGCAACCAAGAUUUCCGGUGAGACCUUUUCCAUCUCCAAUUCAAAUGACUCGUCUUCCAUUUCGACCCCCCAUGCAACAAUAUCACCAACCAUUUAUGGGCCUUGCACCCUUUCAAAUGCCCCCGGUAAGACAAACAAGACUGCCUUACCCGCGCUAUCAACCAAACAUGAGCAAGUCAAAUUCCGUCUGUUACAGUAAGAAUGAAGACUUUUGUUCGGAGGAACAAAAUCAAAAAACAAUCAUCCAGGGAAACUUUUUUCCGCAACCUCAGACGGACAUAAGAGAUGUAGAUCCUAAGAAACAUGAUGCAAAGAAAAGGUGCAAAAAUAAAACAAACCCAAACGUUGGAAAGUUGUUGAAUGUAAUGAACAGCCUCAAAGAACGCCCCAUAACACCAGAUGAUGGCGAAAUGAUUAAGGAACAACUAUCCAUCCAAGAACAAGCCAUCAGGGCUCUCGAUGAGAAAAAUAAAAAGUUAGACAAGAUGAUGAUGGAGUAUCACGAGUGCUUUAUUCAACCGUCGCUCGAAUCAGAUAUCCUCAACCUUCAAUCUAGCUCAUCAACGCGUGUAAAACAAAAAAAAUUUAAUCAGAAAGCCGAGAAGUUGGCUUCGGUGGUGAAUUUUUUGAAAUCGCUAAAGAAUAGAGAAUGUUAUAACCAUCAGUUUAACAAUAAUAAAGGACACGUUCAUCACACAUCACGUAGAAAAUCACCUCUCACAGAUGAUGGGGUUUCUACUGAAGAAGUUAUACCAAUCAAUGAUGAUAGUGACGACGACUAUGAUAAAAAUUCUGAAAAAGCAGACAACAGAAUCAACCUCAUAGUAAACGAAAUGGUAAGGUACUUGCUAAGGAAUGAAAAACAUUUACUAUCAAAAAAUUUAAACUGCAAUCAAGAACAGUCGUCAGGUGAUUUCACGUCCAUAUUAACCUACCUGCUCAGAAAUUAUUCCCAAAAUGACGAUUGCAGAAAUCAAAAUUGUCAAGAAAAGAUGAAAAUUCUAUCGACUGCUGCUGACAAAGAAAAGAGUGUGACACCAAACGAAUGUAAAAAAAAUAACCCCGAAGUGCGAAAACACGUUGACUAUAUUUCAAAUCCUGACUUUGAAAUGACCGAAAAAAAUGAUUGCAACAAUUUUAGCGAAAGUUUCAUUUCGGGAAAUUGCUUCCACCAACGGCGAUGCUCUCAAAACUCCAGUAAAAUUAACUUCAAUUCCCAGAAUGCAAACAAGACAUCGUCAUUAUUUGAUAUGAUACCCGCUAAUUUAUUGGUGGAGUUGAGGAGUUGCUUGGACGAAAGUUUGGCCAACUCGGGACAGAGCAGGGAUGUUGCCGAUUCAUCUUUCGUCAACAGAGCAUUUAACGAAAAUGAUGACGAAGACGAUGACGACGAUGGAAACUACUACUACAACGACGACGAUAGUGAUGAUGAUGAAAUGAAUCAAGAUGUUUUUAAUACUGUAAUUAUGACUCUAGCAAACGAGAUUGAAAGGCUGUCAGCUAGGGAUAAGUGUUUGAAGGAAAGUUCCAGUCCCCACGAAGCACCUCAACCAACACCACGCCUGAAAAUACGGAAAAUUUUAAGAAGCAAGCCGCGACCACAGCCGCCACUUCUGUGUGAAAGGGAUGAAUGUGGCUCGAUGAGUCCGUCACAAACGGAAGCACCAGCAUGCAAAUGUAGUCCACUCUACGUCAAACGAAGUCCCAGCAGCCACUGCGUCGUUGAGUACUGCAAACGUCGAAUCCGAAAGGAUCCUUGCAAAUCUUUCCGCUGCAUGCACACGAUGAGGAACCUCUGUCUCUGCCAACCCAACAACGCCAAUGUGAGUGGAGGGGGUGGAAACAUUCAAGACGAUCCGGAGUCAGAUUUCUUCAUCUGUGAAAGUGAGGAUUGCCGGGAAAGAAUGAAUAAUAAUUACGGGACGGAUGAAGGAACGUCAACAGAUAAAGUUCGUCGCAAAGAAGAUAAUUUAACUGAGAGGAAACUUUCUGGUAAUACUUUGAAAAAAAGUCAAUCAAAUCAAAAAAGGACGGAGUUAAAUGCAACUGGGACUCAGAAGCAAGCGCCGAAACAAAGUAUUAACUCUAUGAAAAACGUUUCUGAAAAUAAAUAUAACGAGAUGAACGAUAAUUACGAUUCCGACUCCGAUUCGUCUGAAGAUACGGAGAGUGAUUCUUCUUCGAGCGAUGACAAUAGUGAAUCAUCCGCUUCUUCAUCGCUUAGGCCGAGUAAAACGGAGAAAAUAAUUAGAACGAGUUCAGCAAGGAGAUACAGUGAGCAGUCUAAAAAUACAACUGCAAGUAGGAAAAACUCGCAGAGCAAUAAGAGAACUCAGGUUGGCAGCCCCCUCUCAACUCUAACUGUUAAACCCGUUCUAAGCGAAAAAUCUGAUUGGGAAAAAUCAAAAAUUUUAGACAGUGAAAGUCUACAGAAUGAAAUUCCGCAGCAAAAAGGUUCGCGGGUGCAAACGACGCUGAGUAAAAAAUUGAAAAGCAAAUCAAGCAUUUCUGUUGAAAAACUAUCUCAAACACAUUUAAAAACUUUGGAAAGGACGGACGUGAAUAGUUCGAUCAUUAGUGUAGAAUCUAGGAACAAGAGAAGUUUUUUGAGCGAUAAAGCGUCUCGAAGAAGUUCAAAAUCUUUAGAAAAUAAAAGCUCCAAAAGUGCGAAUUCCCGUAGGAUAAGUUCACAGAAAGAGAAAAUUUUUCAAGCAAAAUUAAGUGAGAUCUCAGAGGAAAGCGAAACAAGCGACUUUAAUGAGUUGUCGUUUAGAAAAGAUUCAAAACAUGCGGAAAAUAAUUUAAUCCGGCCCAAGAGGAGCACCCAAAGCGACAAGAGCAUCCAUUGGCAGUUAGAUGACAGAGGUGAAAGAAGAGAUAAAUCUACUUCGACCGACAAACAUUCGAAACAAUGUUUGAAAAAUUCAGAUAGCAGGAGAAGCGGGGAUGUGAUUUCGCAUUCGAACGGGAGUGACUCGUCGACCAACAAAUCUCAACAAUCAUAUCAAAGCAUGAAAAAUAACAAACAUUUGGAAAAAUAUUCGGCAAAAACUGCACAAAAUUCCUGGAGAGACAAAAGUUUAAAUAGUGUAGAGAUAGCCAGGAAUAGGAGUGCCCAAGGUUUCGAACUUAUGCCUCAGCAUUCCAAGAAGAAUUCAAAAAGUCAUUCAAAGGACACGCUGACUACAACAAACAAGUUAAAUACGGUGACGGAUGGAAGUUUCAAGAGCAUGGUCGCAUCUGCCUCUGCCAAAGACAAAACCGCUCAAUACUCCGAUCAAAGUUUGAAAAAGAUUUGGAAUAAGACGAUCGUAAUGAAGACGGAUGAAUCUGAAGCAGAAUGCUCUGUGAGCCUCACUGUACGUAAGAAGAGUUUGCCAAGUAACGACACCUUUCCAAAUGCGGCCAGUCAUCGUUACCUUAAAAGCCAAAAAACUAGUGCCCCGUCAAAGGAAAAGAGUCGAAAUGAUGUUUCGAGAUUGUAUACAGGCGAAUCUUUUAAAAAGGCAUCAUUGCACGGAGAAAGUUUUGAAAGUUUCGUUCGAAGUCCAGAUGGUGAGCACUGCAUUCAAGCCACGUGCUACCAUGUAUCCAGGGACAGGUUCAUCGAUCACCACUCAGAAUCAUUCGUUAGAAGUACAAAACAACAACCAAAACUGAUACACAAACCACUGAAAUACCGUUUAACUGGCUCCUCCCACAUUGACUACAAAACAUGUUCCUCCCCCGAGUCCCUAACUUCAGGGACUGCUACCUCCUUUGAAAGGAGGUUGAGCGGCCCAGCCAAAACAAAAAAAUUUUCUCGCUUCAGUGACGAUAAACAGAACGGACAAACAAUAUACGAAGAUAGUUCAUCAUUUUGUGAACCACAUUCAGUCAUACUACCCCAGGCUAACAUCACCCAAACAGAUCCCUCUCUAUGCUUCCGAAAGAAGAAGGAAUGCUGCGGCAAAGAUGAGGAUGAAGAUGGAGCAUCUUUCUCGAAAAAUGGCUUUCCACAUUGUUUUGCUCGCAACAACUUCGCCGUGUCACAGCAACAGCAGCAACAACAUCACCAUCAAAUAAUAGAAGACAGUUCGCCAACCAACAUAGAAUCGUUCAUGGAGAAUUUGUCAAACAUUUUUAUCAAGUCGUUCAACUAA